AUGGUCCGCCUGCUUUCUAUCGCUACUGGCUUCCUCGCCCUCUUUACCGCUGCAGAAGCCUGCUCGGGCUGGUACCAGUGCAAAAACUCGGAUGGAUCCCACUGCUGUGUUGUUGACAGCUCGUCGGGACCGGAUUCUUGCCCCCAGUACUGCUCUGGAGGCGCUGAUUGGCCCCCAGAGUGCAUUGGUCAGAUAACUGGCAACUCUCGCCAUCCGUGUGUCACUUCCUCUUCAAUCUACCUUAUAGAGUACAAACUAACGGAAUUCUUGUAG